AUGGAAACGGCGUGGCUUUUAGCUGGUGAUUUUAACUCAUUGCUGAGCGCGUCCGAGAAAUGUGGGGGAGCUCCGUUUGAUGCCAGUCGUGUUCGAGAGUUUCAGGACUGCCUUCUCGACUCCGCUUUGGCGGAUUUGGGAUUUGUUGGACCACCUUUCACGUGGUUCCGAAGAGGUACGAAGGAGAGACUUGAUCGAGGCCUGGGAAAUUUGAUGUGGACCACACAAUUCCCGGAUACGACGGUACGACCGAGGGUUAAGUCGGACCACCGCCCGUUACUGAUUAGAUCUGGUCCGGAGUUUCCUACCCUUGGACCGAAACCGUUCAGAUUCAUAGCCUCGUGGCUGACCCAUAGGGGGUUUCUGGACAUGCUCAAGGCGGCAUGGGCAAAAGGAUCGGACCUGAAAAGCUGCUCCAAAUCCUUUGCUAGGGACGCUGCUCACUGGAACAAACACACCUUUGGGCAUAUUAUGAGACGUAAAGACCACCUAUUGAGGAGGAUUGAGAACCUCGAAGAGCAGUGGGGAGGGGAUUCGGAACUUGCCAGAGCUUCGAGCCGAACUUGA